AAAAAAUUGAAUCGACAUUAAUUCAUUGCCAAAUGGAGAUUAUUAUCCGAGUAUAAUCACAAUGUUUAUUACAAAACUUUUCAUUGUCGCGGCUUUAAUGGCCAUAAACAUCGAAGAAAUUUAUGGACAUGGUAUGUUAAUGGAACCCGUUAAUAGAAGCAGUGCUUGGAGGAAAGGAUUUCGUGUUCCACCGAAUUACGACGACGAUGGAAAUUUCUGUGGUGGUUUGAGCGUACAAAUACAAAACGGUGGUAAAUGCGGAAUUUGCGGUGAUAAUUACAUUCUACCACAACCUAGACCAAACGAGAACACUGGACUUUAUGGCACGGGUACCAUCGUCAGAAGAUAUCAAAAGGGUCAAAAGAUCAACGUUGUAGCACGUAUCACUGCGAAUCAUUGGGGUUAUUUCAAAUUACAAAUAUGUCCUCUCUCGAAUCCAAAAGAACUUGAAACCGAAGAGUGCUUUAAUCGAUAUCCCUUGAAAUUAGAGGAUGGAUCAGAUAGAUAUGUGUUAAAGAGUCACGCUUCCAAGGAUUACACCAUGAAUGUACUUCUACCAGAUAAUCUUACCUGCGAACAUUGUGUUUUGAGAUGGGAAUAUUUUGCUGCAAACAACUGGGGUAUUUGCAAAGACGGUUCUGAAGGAAUGGGAUGCGGACCUCAAGAAACUUUCAAGACUUGUUCCGAUAUCAGUAUUUCAUAAAAUGUAUUCUUAUUGCAGACGAUGUUCGUUAAUAAUAAAUUUUAUCGACUGAAAA